AUGAUGCUGGGCCUGGAACAAUAUCUACAGCAUCACCCAGACCCAUUUGCUCCUCGAAAUCCUUAUGACGACUCAGAUGAAGGCUACGAUGACGCCUUUCCAAGUAGUGGUUUGCUUUCUGAAGAUAUCACAGACGUUGAUGAAAAGCGGGACAAUGAAGUGGAACGUCCUGAACAAGAGCAACAGGGGAAGCCUUUGAGCCUCUUACAGCUACUAUCGGGGAAGCAGAAUAGUAAGAAGAAGAAACAGAAAAAGCAAGAGGACUCUAUGUCGUUUGAUGAACCAUAUAAGGACGAAUCAGAGACUGUCACACUCACUUCAUCAGACAUCCUGGAGCCUGAAGUAAAGGCGACGAAACCCGAAACCGUUGAGCAGCUUGAACAGCGAAUGUACAAUUCAAAAAAGUCAAUGUCUGCCAUGGAUCUUUUAAAAUCACGUCGGCAGGAGAAGAAAGUAGAGUCCAUACCGCCUGAAGAAUGCGUUGAAAUCGUGUCAGACCGUGAAUCUUCCGACAAUGAACUUGUCCAGGUAGUUGAAAACAGAACGCCUGGUGUCAAUGUUCGUGAUAUAUUUUCAAAUUUCGCACCCAAAAGAGUGAAGACGAAAGAUGGGAAUUGGAAACUAAACGUGAAGCUCAAGAUAAGCCCUUCCAAAUUGGCAGAAAUCAAAAAGUACGACGAUCCCUUGAGAACCAGAGGUAAUAUUGCGGGCGGGAACAGCAUGUUCAACAUGCUUAUGCAUAAAAAACCAUCGAAAAUGGUCACGCUACGACUACCUUCCGACUUCCUUGAAUCCAUUCAAAAGUCACUUAAUCCUCUCUACACCAAGAGUUCUGGAACCAAGAAUGGAAAAAGUGCCAGUAAUGUAUUUGCUCAAAUGAUGCAAAGCGCUAGCACUUCCGCAUACCCUAAACUUACUCCGCUUCAAAAGGCAAAGGAGUUAGAGCCUCCAUCGAUAGAAAGAGGUCAAAUGCAUAUCCGAGAGCAGGAUGACUGUGCUACAGUAUCAAAUCCUCUAGAGUCUCUCGUUCCUAGAUCAACACAUACCCCGGAUACAUCGAAGCUAAACGAAAAUUUCUUCACAACAUUGGAAUUAAACAGACAGUCAAAUGAGCUCAAAUGUAAACGAAGAACUACUAUAUCCACUGUUGACGACUUAUGUGACUUCGUGGCUGAUAGGGCACCCCUAGCAUUUGAGGCAGAGCCUCAUAUCAGAAUCUAUAAAGAUUUUAUCCAGAACCAAUCGCCUGAUAGCAAUCAACUCUGGCCUGACAAGUUUGCCCCUCGAAAAGCCGAUCAAUUACUCCUAGAUCAUAACAUAAGGUAUGCUCUACAGCGCUGGAUAGAGAACGCGUUUGCAAUCCUCAAAACGCAGUCGACCAAGACCCCAAGAAACAUCAAGAUUAAAGAACAGCAACAGAAACAACGUCAACGAAAUACCAUGCAAGGAUUCAUAGUUGAUGAUUUAGAGGAAGACUCCGAAGAGACAGAGGAAGAUGUCUUUGUGCCAGUUCUCAUCAUCCAAGGGCUGUCAGGCUCGGGAAAAUCUGCAUCUGUCUAUGCCGCAAUGAAUUCUAUGGAUGGUUAUGUUUACGAGAUCAAUUCUGGCCUGAAUCGUUCGAGGAGAGAACUAUAUGGGCCGCUUAAGGAGUUUUGUACCACUAAUAUCAUUAACAAAAAGGACCAAGAAAAGAAGUUUCAAAGAGGCUUGGUAUUCUUCGAGGAUUGUGACGUUUUGUUUGAACAAGACAAGACAUUCUGGGUAGCAGUCCAAGAUGUCAUAAACUUUUCCAAGCGGCCGAUAGUCCUUUCUGUCCAAGAUCCUUCUGUUAUACCAAAAUCUAUAUGGGAGCAGGCAGCGGAACAGAACGCAGUUCUCUCAUUUGAAAAUAAUGACAUAUCAGCCUUUGAGCAAUAUAUCUGGCUCUGUUGCUUUUCUCAGGGGUUUGAUUUGACAGAACUGGUAUUAUCGUGGGUCUCCAAGCAAAAUAAUCUAGCGUCGUUCGAUUUACGAGGUGCUCUUAUGGCAAGUCAAUGGAUAUGUGCUGCUGAUGAAGACUUAAGCUCGGAUGAAGUGCUCACUCUUGAUUUCCUGACUAACAAUACGAGACAGGGGAAUGGACUGGAUUCAUUGAGUGCAUUAUCUGACAAAUAUGAUCUUCUCUCUGCAGCGGAUAUAAUCGAGAGUAACAUGUGCUCGUUGAAACUUCAAGAGACUCGCCCGAAUGAGCUUUUGGAUCUCUACGUUGUUGACGACGGCGAAACACUCCAUCCUUCCCCUGAACCUGAAGAAUGCAACAUUGGAAGCUUUAUAAAGGAGAUGGUAGAUGGAAAGGAAGAUCUAUGGAGGAACGGAGUGACUUUCAACCAGAUUCGGGAAACAAACAAAGAAGAUGCCGAAGAUACUACAAGAGUACCAAAGUUUCCGAACUUCGACAAGAAGUCGCUCCUACGAAUCAUCUUUUGA